AUGAGCGUCAAUAACGCCGAGGCUCUCUCUGAGUCUCCUAUCCCAGCCCACACAGGCAAGCAGUCUGUGGAUCCGUACAAUGUCAAAGGAGAAAUUGAUGAGCAUGGCAAUGUCAAGGCUAUUGACUACAACAAGUUGACCGAGGAGUUCGGGACCAAGCUCAUCGACCAGGCGCUCCUCGACCGGUUCGAGCGGGCCACGGGCCAGAAACCACAUCGCUUCAUGCGCCGAGGCAUCGUAUUCAGCCACCGAGACCUCGAGGUUAUCCUUGACCGCUAUGAGAAGGGCGAGCCGUUCUUCCUGUACACUGGCCGCGGGCCAAGUUCCGACAGCAUGCACAUCGGCCACACGAUCCCCUUCGCCUUCACAAAGUGGCUGUCCGACGUAUUCGAUGUCCCGCUGGUCAUCAUGUUGACCGAUGACGAGAAGUUCCUAUUCAGCGAGAAGAGAACGAUCAAGGAGGUGAAAGAGUACGCCCAGCAGAACGCGAAAGAUAUCAUUGCAUGCGGGUUUGACCCCAAGAAGACAUUCAUCUUCUCCGACUACAAAUACAUGGGCGGCGCCUUCUGGGAGAACGUCACACAAGUGGCCAAACUGAUCACCUGGAACCAAAGCAAGGCCAUAUUCGGUGGUGAUGGCAGCACGAAUGUCGGCAGGGCUUUCUUCGGUGCUAUUCAGGGCUCGACGGCUUUCGCAUCUACAUUCCCUCACAUUUUUGGCACAGACGACAAACUCACCAACCAGAUCCCCUGCCUCAUCCCGUGCGCCAUCGACCAGGACCCAUACUUCCGUAUGACCAGAGAUGUUGCGGCUCGUCUUCACUGGGCCAAGCCUUGCAUGAUCCACGCGCGAUUCCUGGACGCCUUGCAGGGUCCGGGCUCCAAGAUGUCAGCAUCCAUAGACUCCUCCGCUAUCUUCAUGAAGGACACGCCCAACCAAAUCAAGAACAAGAUCAACAAGUACGCCUUCAGCGGCGGCAGGGAGACCGUGGAGGAGCACCGAGAGAAGGGCGGUCAGCCCGACAUCGAUGUCAGCUACCAGUACCUGAAGUACUUUAUGGAGGAUGACGAGGAGCUGCAGAAGGUCUACGACUCGUACAAGAAGGGCGAGAUGCUGACGGGCGAGCUCAAGGCGCUGUGUAUCAAGUACCUGCAAGAAUACGUCAAGGAGUUCCAAGACACCCGGGCGAAGGUAACAGACGAGGUUCGAGAUGAAUUCAUGGCUAUCCGGCCACUCGAGGCCAAGGGCAACCCCAAGGCCCCGGUUGAGCUGCCUCUCAGAACAAAGGUAGUCGCUAGUGGGGAAGGGGCCGGCGAGGAGAAUGCUGGGGAUGGGAAGUUGACCAAGAACCAGCUGAAGAAGCUUGAGAAGCAGAAGCAGAUCGAGGCCAAGAAGGCGGCCAAGGCGCAAGAGAAGGAGGGCAAGACGAAAGAGUAG